AGGUCACGCUGCGGUCACACCAGAUACAGCAAAUUCUGUUUCCACGGUUUUUUUCUGCAGCACUUUUGACAUUUAAUUGGAUAAAAACAAGCCGCAAAGCUAGAAGAUCGCAAAAUAAACGGAAACCCAAAAAAGGCGAACAAAAUGGCAAUUGCCGAGCACGAUAACGUCUUCAUCUUUGUGCCAAAUCUGAUCGGCUAUGCCCGCAUCGUUCUGGCCCUGAUCGCCUUCUGGUUCAUGUCCACCAACUAUGUGAUCUCCGGCUGGUGUUAUGUAACCUCCGCUCUCCUGGACGCCGUCGAUGGACACGCCGCCCGAGCCUUUAACCAAAGCACUCGCUUUGGCGCCAUGCUAGACCAGUUGACCGAUCGCUGCGGCACCACCGGCCUACUGGUCACCCUGGCCUACUUCUAUCCCCGGUACAUGUUCUGGUUCCAGCUGUCCAUCGCCAUCGACGUGGCCUGUCACUGGCUCUUCAUGCAGACGAGCGUUGUGGUCGGACGAAGCUCGCACAAGGUGAAUGACAACUUCAUAAUGCGAUUGUACUACCAGAAGGACGUACUCACAUUCAUGUGCUGCGUCAACGAGCUGUUUUACGUGUGCUUGUACCUCUUGCAUUUCACCUACGGACCGCUGAUAUUCGGCGCAUCGCUCUUCAAGAUACUCGCCUUCCUCACGGGUCCCUUUGCCGUGCUCAAGGCCCUGAUCUCGGUGAUGCACGCCUACGUGGCGGGCAUCGAUCUGGCGGCCGUGGAUGUGCGCGAGCGGCAGGAGCGGCGCCAGAAGUCGGAGCCGGUGAGCGGCAAGAAAGUGGAGUGAAAAUGGGAUGCGGACCGGGAUCAAUCUUCCAGCGGCAGUUCUAUCAACAGAAAGUACUAAACGAGACAACUCUUGAUUCCAAGCUUAAAAACAGAACUUUGAAGACGAAUUGCGAUCAGAUGAAAUAUUGGGCAUUAGGCAACCAAAUAGGCCGUAGUAGGAAUUUAAUUAUUUUUUAAUGCGCUUUUGCAAUGAUUGUUGAUUUUAUUUGAUAUAUUUUAGUUAGACGGGUGGUGAAUCACCCGACAAUUUGUAUUUAAUAGAUUUUUAAAUUGAAAUUCAAGCGAUUCGUUCCAGUCAGUAGCUGUUGUAUAUUUAUUUUGCCUUUAGUUAGCAUAAUUUACGAUUUCUGUGACGCUUACACGCUAUACAUGUAUUAUAUAUAUAUAUAUAUAUAUAUAUAUAUAUAUAUAUAUAUAUGCGUACAUGCAGGCCGACAUACUAUGAAUGAGUGUCUAUUUCCAGGAUUUAUCUCAUUGUGCACGUUUUGGGUUUGACUAACCACCUUCUCCCAGCAACUCUCUCAAUGUAACUAAUGUAUUUCUAAUCGUAAGUUAAAAAAUGUAAUUGGAGACCUGCAUGAAAUAUAUACGACAAAUGGAUGUUA